AUGUUUCUCCUGUUGUUACGCAAGCUGUGGAUCCGACGACGAAGAUCCGACGCAGAAGAAACAUCAAAUUCGACAUCUACCCUCCAAGACCUCGAGUUUGAAGAGAUAGAGUCACAUAUACCAGACAUGACCAUGGCCACUGCAUCCCGAUACGACGACACAGAUAUGAUCGUGGACCAAUUAGCUGCCCUUGCAGCUUCCUUGAGCCAUAAAUCGAGCAGCAUCACUCCGCUAUCUACGCCUGUCCUCAAAGCCGAAUCCCAGCCACAAACGCUCAACCCCCUGCCCGAGCAGCGGAAAGAAGAACAAGAAGAAGAAUCAUUCUACCACCUUCACAGUCUGAUAACGAUCUCCUGCCUACCACAGCACAAAUCAGGCCAUACUCCAACAUCAUCAGCCUCCACGCUUGGUUCCAGAUCAGAGAAUCGUCAAAGUCAAAUCUUCGAUAGGAAACGGGCAUCUUCGAUUCUGAGCUUGCAUCUUGGUGAUCUACCCCCUUUGCCGUUUUCUUCGACACGGAAGGUCUCGUGCAAACCUUCGCCGAGAUAUACUCCUCUUCCUCCUCCAGUUGUGCACAAACGGCUUGCUAUUCGACCAGAAGUGCGGUUCUAG